CGGCGAGACAUCCGGGGAGGGAGUUUGUGUUAUGUAGUAAACCCUAUGUAGAAGUGAUCGUAUAAUAUAAAAAAGAGAGGCCUUCGAAACGUUAAGUUGUUACAAAUGAGUACACUAGGUGACACUGCCAGUGCUGCAACGACCGACAAAUAGGUGCUGGGGAUACUAGUGCUGUUUGACAUUGAGAAGUUUCCCAGCUCCGGCAAUUGGUCGUCAGUGGCCAGUUCAAGCCGUACGAGUUAAUCCCGAGCUCGCCCGAAGUCCAGAGUAUGGGCGUUGGUGAAGAAAUGGUACCGCGAUGUCUACAUUUGUUCAAGUAUGAAAACGGACAGACUUGCCCCAAGGUCUCGUUUGAGCUGGCCACUAUUUUGAGCGUGAUUCCCAAGGAGCUGUGUGUCCUGGAUGCAGUACAGUAUUUUAUGCAUUCGCUCAAGUCGUGGGAUCUCGCAAACUGCGUGCAGGUCAUUGUCACGCGCGGCCUCGUCGACGAGACUAGUGGUGCCCCGAUCACGUUUGAAGGCAACGAGCUAGAGUUGCUCUGA